ACUUGCAGAGAUCUAGCGAAAAUGGCAGACACACCAGCAUACCUUCAAAAGCUAAAGAGCAUACCCAAGGAAGCAUUCCUUUUUGGACCAUCUCCAGUACAAUUUCUUCCACGCCUUACAGAAUACGUAUCACCCAAUGGAGAUGUGAAGAUUUGGGCCAAAAGAGAUGACUGCAAUUCUGGUUUGGCCUAUGGUGGCAACAAAGUUCGAAAGUUGGAAUAUUUGGUAGCAGAUGCCAAAGCAAAGGGGUGCACUCAUCUUGUAUCCGUUGGUGGAGUUCAAAGCAAUCACACACGAGCUGUAACUGCCGUCGCUACAGCAAGUGGACUGAAAGCUGUUACUAUCCAAGAAAAAUGGGUCCCCAUCGACCCACCGCUGUACGACAAAGUCGGCAACAUCCUCUUAAGCAGACUAAUGGGCGGCGACGUGCGUCUAAACCAAGAAGGUUUCCACAUCGGCCACAAAACCGCGACAAAAGAUGCAGUCACCGAGAUAGAAAAGUCAGGAGGAAAACCCUACUACGUCCCAGCCGGAGCCUCCGACCACGAACUUGGAGGUCUAGGCUUCACAAACUUCAUCGUCGAACUCGCCCAACAAGAAAAAAGCCUGGGAAUCUUCUUCGACACCCUAAUAGUCUGCAGCGUAACCGGCUCAUCGCACGCAGGACUCAUAGUCGGCUCCGUAGCCGAAGGACGCAGUCGCAAAGUAAUCGGCAUCGACGCCUCAGGAAAACCCGAAGCUACAAAAGAACAAGUCGCACGUAUAGCACGAAACACGGCGAAACUGCUCGACCCGAAACUCGAAAUUCCAGAUGAAGCGAUCGUGUUAGAUGAAAGGUUUCAUGAAGGGAUUUAUGGAAUUCCUGGACCGGGGACGAUUGAGGCGAUGAAAAUUGCUGCGAGGACUGAUGCGCUCAUUACGGAUCCGGUUUACGAGGGGAAGAGUAUGGCUGGGUUGAUUCAGCUUGUUAAGGAGGGGACUAUCGAGAAGGGGAGUAAUGUGCUUUAUGUACAUCUUGGGGGUCAGCCGGCUUUGAAUGCUUAUUCGGGGUAUUUUGAGGAUGGAAAGUAGGACCAUUUUGUCAAUCAGUUCGGUCUUUUGAUGACUGCAGACGAGGCUCGGACUUGCCAUUUCGUCAUACUUUACCAAUACAAAAUUUCGAAAAGAUGUUGUUGCUGGUACAUAACAAGUUCUUUUCGAGGAUAUCAAGAUCAUACAGGGACUUUAUGCUGCCUGCCUGCCUCAUUCAUGCAUUCACCCCCAAAAACACCGCCCAAAUGUAUUGCUUGCUUAAUUGCUACACGCCACAUCAAAGCUCAUCCUUCGUCUUAAUCUCCGGCUCACUCCCUGGUUCAGCCGUGGCAGCAGUAUCCUGAAUACUCUGCUCCUUACGCAGAUCCUCCUCGAUGUCGGUGCUUGACUCUGCUGAGCCUGCAUCGCGGCCCUGAGUCUUUGGGUCGACGCCUUCUGCUUUAGGAGGUGCUGGGCCAUCGCGUGAAUCGACAAGGCCAUCGUAGAUCUCGUUGCCGGCUUCGUCGAUCAGUCGUGUCCGUGUUUCGUAGCGUGUAGAGAAUGAAACUUUGCCAUCGAGCGCCGCGACUUGUUCUUCGUUGAGCAAAUUGCCCUCUUCGUCUCGAUACUCGAUCUUCUCCUCGACGUAUUGUGGCUCACCUACCGGAGCAUUACCUCUAGGCGUGAACAAGACUUCUUCUUUUGGAUCCUCGGCUUUGGGUGGAGCAGGUCCAUGCGCUGCCUGGCCAGUGGCCG